UUGAGCUGAACUUUCUCUAAUAAUUCCUUGUGAAUAGGUUUGCUAGGCUGCGUUGUCUGUCAGAUGCACACACCCGAAAUAAUUUCACAUCAAUUAUGUCGGCAAGGAGCUGAGGAUGAUAUGAGGGAGCCAACCUGGGAGUGUCCGGAGGUCCGAGCCCUCUCUCUUCUCUUUCUCUCCUCCUCUCUUUCUGCCCACUACCUGUGUGUGUGUGUGACGGUCAUGACUUAGGGUUGGUGUGAGCCCACCCUCCCUUCCUUGGAGCACUGCGUCUUGGAGACAGUGCUUCACUCGCCCUGCUUACAUGAGCCAGCAGGACGCGGCUGCGGUCCUCGCACUCUCCGAGCGCCUCCUGGUAGCCUCGCACAAGGGCCAGGCCGACAAUGUGGUCCAGCUCAUCAACAAGGGCGCCAAAGUAGCCGUCACCAAGUACGGCAGAAGUCCCCUGCAUCUGGCCUCCUAUAAGGGCCACACCGAGGUUGUGCGCAUUCUCCUGAAGGCCGACUGCGAUCUGGACAUCCAGGACGAUGGUGAGCAGACAGCCUUACACCGGGCAGCCGUGGUGGGAAACAGUGAUGUUAUCUCUGCCCUCAUCCAGGAAGGGUGUGCUCUGGACAGACAGGACAAGGACGGUAACACUGCUUUGCAUGAGGUCUCGUGGCACGGCUUCAGCCAGUCUGUCAAACUGCUGGUCAAGGCCGGAGCCAACGUUCACUCAAAAAACAAGGCAGGGAACACAGCCCUCCACCUGGCCUGUCAGAACGGCCACGCUCAGAGCUCCAAGGUCCUGCUGUUAGGUGGCUCCAGGCCCGACAGCAAGAACCAUGUGGGUGACACGUGUCUGCAUGUGGCGGCCCGUUACAACCACGUGUCCAUGCUCCGCAUCCUCCUGGGAGCCUUUUGUUCCGUGGGAGAGAAGAACCAGGCUGGGGACACACCGCUGCAUGUUGCAGCAGCGCUGAAUCAUAAGAAAACGGUGCGUCUUCUGCUAGAGGCUGGAACAGAGAGCAGCAUCCGCAACAACGCAGGCCAGACUGCACUGGACCAGGCCAGAGACCACAACAACCCAGACAUAGCUCUGCUUCUGACCAAAGCACCUCAGGUCCAGAGCUUCACCCGAGGCAGGAUUGUGAGGAAGAGGAGGGAUAAGCUGAAGGCUGAGCGCCGAGCACAGUCUGUGCCCAGGGAUGAGAUGCUCCCCAGGAAGAACAGUGCAUCUGCUGCUGACGACACCCACAGCAGCGACCUCGUCGCCCGCAAACACGAGGUGGUCGAGGCGAGCGCUGGCAAGAGCACAAACAGGAAGCUCAAAGAGAAGCCCUCGCUCUCCGACCCCCUCCGCCGGAGAGAGAACAAACACGGAAAGAAGAGGCGGGGCCAACUGCGUGGCUCCUCCCCCCAGCCCCCGCCUCACAACUACAAGGCCUAUCAGCUGUACACGCUGUACCGCGGCAAGGAUGGCAAGAUCAUGCAGGCGCCAAUCAAUGGCUGCCGCUGUGAGCCUUUGAUCAUCAAGCUGGAGAACCAGCUGGAGGCCACCAAGGAGGAGAUGAAGACGGAGAUCCACACGGUGCAGGACCUGAUGAACAACAAGAUGGGACAGUUGGACCGCAAGAACAAACAUCAGAUCCGUGCCCUAGAUAAGAUGACAGUAGAGAGAGUUUCAGCGGAGAGGACAGAGUGCCAACACAGGAUCGACCAGAGGGCCAUGCAGGAGAGACAGGAGGGGGAGAAGAGACAGCAGGCAUCAGUGGUGAGCGAGCUGAGAAACUGGUGCCUGGCCAAGCUCCAGAACAUUGAGGUGCGUGUCACUGGAGACCCCCGCAACGCCAAGCUGCGUCAGUCCUCGUCCAUGGCUGAAGGCCUGUGUGCGAUGGCCCCUGGGAGCCUCACUGUGUUGCCUGCAGGGGGGCCUGGGUGCAGCGUCGAGUGUCUGGCCCCCCACACCACUGACCUCACCGAGGGAGACCCCAACGCGGCCGCCACAGAGGACCCCUCAGCCAAACACAACUUUGGGGUUCAGGUGGACAGCUCUCCAGACGGUGGUAAACAUCACAAGCGAGAAAAGAUCUCCUCCCCAACUGCCGCUAAGUCCCUGUCCCCAUCUCCCCAAGUGGUGCGGCCCAAGGAACGCUCGCUGUGUUCUACUGACCCCAGCAGGCCAUACCAGGGACUGCAGGACAUGGCACUGCUGGAUUUGGCGCCGAGCAGAGGCGGCAACAACCAGCGGGCCAGCAGCCUUUCCCCAGCCACCGAGCGCCGCUGCAGCACCAGGCAGGACAAGGACUGCGACAGGGAGAGAGACAGGGAGCGGGGCAGGGACAAGGGCAAGCACCACAAGAGGCACUCCCAGGGCAGAACUAAGGCCAAGGGGGCCUCGGUGGGGCAGGCCGGGGGGACUCAGACUCUGGGGAUGGAGCACUGGUAUGAGAGGAAGAUCCAGGAGGCCAGGUGGCAGGCGGACCAGAGGGCCCAGGCAGACAGGGCUGCCCUGGUGGAGAGGAUCACCUACCUGGAGGACGAGCUACGCACUCUCAGGACUAACAGGCACGACGACAGCUAA